CAGGGAAAAGUCUCUCAAAGUUUAGUUAUGAACACAAUUAAGAAGAGUAAAUAUCAACAUGUUGUGGAUAAGAGCUGUUAUUUUCGUGGGGAUUAGUUUGCUUGUGGAAACCACUCCAUUGAAAAGCUACAGAAUUGUUGGAGGAGUCGAGGCCUGCCCGCAUUCUCUGCCAUAUCAAGUGGCUCUUAUUUUAGAUCGUUUAAAUUUUUGUGGAGGGGUACUAGUUUCAACAACGCAUGUUCUUACAGCAGCCCAUUGCGUCUCUCAGAACCCAACAAUCGAAGUUGUUCUAGGAGCGCACAACCUCGGUCAAUAUGAAGAGACUCAGAUAGUAAUUUACGAUCCUAUUAUAAUAGUUCAUGAGAACUUCAGUGCUUCAGAAUUAAAAAACGAUAUCGCUUUGUUAAAACUAAAGCACCAUAUUCAGUUAUCCGCAGCCGUAAUGCCAGUUGCAUUGGUUGGAGAAGAUGACGAUUUGUCCGGAUGUAGUGGAGUUUUAUCUGGAUGGGGUUUGACUUCCUACGCUGACAAUCAUAUGCAAAACAAACUUAGGAAAGUGUCAGUUGAAGUUCUAACAGAUCGGAUGUGCAUUUCGUACUUAAACUCAAACGGACUGUCUGAUCCGAAGUCAUACGUUUGCACCGGUGGAUUUGAUACUGUUUUUGGUGCUGUGGGUGCAUGCUUCGGGGAUUCAGGCGGACCGUUGGUAGUAAAAAACUCCCUAAUUGGACUGGUGUCUUUUGGCGAUGAAACAUGCGAGUAUGGCCAGCCUACAGUAUUUACGAGUAUCAGUUAUUACAGAAACUGGAUUAACAAAUUUUCAGGAAUUUAAUGUUUUGAGGUUUAUAUAUCUUUUUGUUCAAUAAACCAACCAAAAAUUAA